AAUAAGAACGCUUCCGCUGUGUCUUGUGUCCGGAAGAAAACAUCCAUGAAGCGUUUGUUAAGAAUAUCCACUCAACAUUCGGUUAUCUAAUGUUACACUCAAGUUACUAUAAACUCGUAAAUCUCCAGCACGGUAAUUAAAAGUUAUUUUCUUAAAGUCAUGAAGCAACUACCUCCAGACACCGUGCGGCUGUUGUCCAGCUCGCAGGUCAUCACGUCUGUGACGAAUGUUGUGAAAGAACUCUUGGAGAAUUCUCUUGAUGCUGGGGCUUCAACUAUUGACGUAAAGCUGGACAACUAUGGCUUAGACCGGAUUGAGAUAAGGGACAACGGUCAUGGAAUCAAAGCUGCAGAUUCUUCUGUGAUGGCUGUUAAACACUUCACUUCCAAGAUACAGAGCCAUGAAGACCUGGAGCAUCUUGAGACAUAUGGUUUCAGAGGCGAGGCACUCGGGUCCAUUUGUGCUGUGGCAGAGGUUGCCAUCACCACAAAGACUGAGGAUGAUCACAUCAGCACCCAGUAUGUGCUUAACUUCCAAGGGCACAUCCUUUCUCAGAAGCCGAGUCACAUUGGCCAAGGUACAACAGUUUGUGCACUAAAGCUUUUCAAGAAUCUUCCCGUGAGGCGACAGUACUUCUCGUCUGCUAAGAGAUGCAAGGAUGAACUGAAAAAAGUGCAGGAUCUGAUGAUGGCCUACGCCAUUAUAAAACCUGACUUAAGACUCACACUUAUCCAUAAUAAGGUGGUGCUUUGGCAAAAGGCCAAAGUGGCUAAUUAUAGAAGUGCCCUCCUUGCUGUACUGGGGUCGAGUGCAGUGGUCAACCUACUUCCCUGUCACCAUCGUCAAGAAGAACCAGAGAUAUUUUUAGAAGGAUUUUUUCCCAAGCCAGGAGCAGAGUACUCUUCUACAAGCACUUCUGUUCCAGAUAAAACCUUCAUAUUCGUCAACGACCGGCCUGUUCACCAAAAAGACAUAAUUAAGAAGCUACGUCAACACUACACUGCGCAGUACACGGAAGAGUCAGCACAUAGUCGAUACCCAAUUCUAAUGCUUAAAAUCACAGUUUCACCUUCUUCAGUGGAUGUUAAUCUGACACCUGAUAAGACCCAGGUUCUUCUCCAUGACAAGGAAGCUUUGCUGAUUGCAUUGGAAGCUUUGCUAGUUUCUCACUAUCAGCCUGGAAGGGACUCUCCAAAGGAGCGGUGCAGCUCUGAAACAUUUCUUUCACCAACGCUUAAGACUGGAGCUUUACAACUGGAUGAUGAGAUUUUGAAAACGAGAAGUGCAACAAACAAUGUUGCUCCAUUAGAGGUUGCAGCAAGUAGCAGUUUCAAAGGUCCACAUAAACAGUGUGACGCUGCAGUGAAUGAACAUCUUUUACCACACAGACAGGCAUCAGACUGCAGCUCUUCGUCCUCUGUAGCGGAGGACUGGAUUGUCAACCAAAUUCCUGGUGGACUAGAGUCUAAUUUCUCACUUAGUUGUGAUGAUGCAGCAUAUUUGCCAAGUUGUGAGGAAAAUCCAGUAUUAGGUGCAGACUCAAGUAAACCCCAUAUAUUAGCUGAAGACUGGUGCAGGGGCACAGCUUUUAUUGACCCAGUAUCAGGAGAACCUCUGCAACCCAUUAAAAUUAAUUUACCUUUGGCGCCGAGUCACACUGACAAAGAUCAACUUAAGGCUCAGAGCAGCAACAACAAAAAGAUGGUCAAUGUUAUAACAGAAAAGCGUACAGCUCUGACAGCUUUUGACCUGAUCAGUAAUCGUACAAUGAGAGCGCCACUGUCACCUGUCGCCCUUUUUGAGAAGGAUGCCCGAGUUGAGAUUCUUAAAGAGAAACCUACUGCCAGCCUGCAGGAGAUCAGUGUCGCUGUUAAUGAGAGAUGGAAAAAUUCCGCUGAGCAAGACCGUAAGAAGUAUGAGGAGAAAGCAAAAAAACACCUGGAAAAUCACAAGCGCACCUGCACCACCAAACUGGCAGACAGUGAAAUCCUGAAAGAGCGGAUGAGCUACAAACGCAAGGCUUCACUCUCAAACCAACAGCUGCUAGACGAGCUCUUCUCUGCAAAGCCCCAAAAGAAGCAGAGGAGCCUAACGCCAAAGCCUUCCAGGCCCUUCCCCUGUUGCAUGUCAAGCCUGCGGUUGCGGCUUCAGCGCCUCUCAUCCAAGAUUGGAGCAGCACCACAGGGUCUCCGUCUUGUAGCCCGGCUGGCCUCUCAGAGUGCCUGGGUCGUUUUAUGUGGUCAGAGGCUCAUGUUGUUAAACCCAUUUCGGGUGCAGGAGACCUUGCUGUUUAAGAGACUCCUCCAGAAUAAUAUACUUCCAGCAGUCACUCUGCAGAAUACUAUACAUAUAACAGAAAGGAGUUUAGGGGGGACAGAGUACAUAGAGACUUUAUGCAACAUGGAGAAACAAAACCCAGAUCUGAAUGGUGGGGUGUUCAUCUCUGACCCAAGACUUGUGGCCAAUGGGUUUAAAGUCAGACUCACUCCAGUGGUCACGCCACCUGAGAGACAUCUGGAAGUGACAGCACUGGCAGACUGCGUACCUUUCCUCGGUGUAGAGGACCUCAGGGAGAUCAUGACUGCAGUGCAUCACAGGAAGGCCAAGACUGUCCAGGAGUGUCGGCCCCUGAAAGUUUCCAACUACCUUCAAAGUGAAGCUGUUCGACUUGCCCGACAGAUGCCUUCACAUUUAUCAAGGGAGGAUGUGGAGGACAUCCUUCGACGGAUGGAACAGCAACUUGGUCAGGACAACCACAUCUGUUUCCACGGAAGGCCAUUUCUACAACUCCUGUGUGAAAUCCCUCAUACUGACCAGGAGACUAAGUCUCUGCUAAAACCUUUGGGAUUAUAAAACUGAUGACACCACAAUACAACUAGUUUGAAUAGCUGUAAUUUUAACAUAACACACCUUGUGAAACAGUUUACGUACACCCCACUUUACCUAUGUUUCGGUUUUCAAUGAAGAUUUUAGCCAAACGGUUUACCCGGUUUUUGUAAGCCGUCUCGGUUACCAUACAGCUAAACAUUUGUGGUAACACAUUGGUCCAUUUGCCCGUGAAUCAAGUCCCCAAACAAAGAAGAAGAAAAAAAUGUUGUAAGUGCCAGCAUUUUGAGGAAGUAUAUGACAAACUUUAAAAAAAGAAAGAACUAACAGAGUGCAAAGGUAAUGUCUGUGUGGCUCUACCCUGUUCUCCACUUAUCACCGUCUUUGCCGACAAGAGUUUUCAAUAAUGGUAAAAGUGAUGUUCAAGAGGACCUAUGAUCAUUUUAAUUUACAUUAAAACACUUGCUUGUGUGCUAGAUAA